CCUCAUCAAGCAUUCUCCGUCUUCCCAAACUGGUAGCUUCAACUCGACGCGACUCGACGCAGCUUGGCACCAAGAAGAAGGAAAAACUUUUAGAAGGCAACUUUGAUCAUCCAGAGACGAUGUCGUACGACGACGUGGAGAUAGAGGACAUGCAGUGGAGCGACGAGUUGCAGGCAUACACUUAUCCAUGUCCGUGCGGCGAUCUUUUCCAAAUCACAAAAGAGGAGCUAAAACUUGGCGAGGAAAUCGCCCGUUGCCCAAGCUGUUCUCUCUACAUCACCGUCAUCUACAACGCCGAGGAUUUCGCCGAUGACGGAUCAAAGAACAACCUCGAGCCUCAAAAACGUCAAGCCGUCGCCGUUGCUUAAGAUCCUUCAGAUGGCAAAGAGCGUAACUAUACGAUUGUUAAGGAUGUUUCGUUGGAGAUUAAUUCCUUACGUGAUGUGCACUGCCCUGCUAGCAUUGAUGAGGGAAAUUUAGUAAUUAACACCAAGAGACUUAUUAUUUUUUGUUUAUAUUAUUGAUUUUACAGUCAUUGUAAUGGGUUUUUCUUCUUUAUUGGGAUUGCAUUUUUUAGAUUGAAGGGUGUAAACUAUGAAUGAACACAUGAAUUUGAUCUCUUCAAUACCAUACAGGAUGCUUGUUUUUCCA